AUGACUAACAUUAAUAGCAGACGCGCCUAUUUGCCGCUUUGGUUUUGUUUUCAUUGCUUUGCUGGCGCCAAAACGCGCGUGGGGCAGCUGCUGCGUCUGUUGUUGCAUCUGCUGGUUACCGUUAUGUUUCCGUUGCAUUUGCUGCUCGGUCUCGUGUUGGUGCCUGCCACAGCAACGGAGUUGUUUAAAAAUAUGACAAUGAGUUUCACUUGCGUUGCAUGCAGCUUAAAGCAUUUGGUGCAAAUUUAUCACUUGCCACAAAUGUUGCGCAUCGAGCAGCUGCUGCAGCAACUGGAUGCAUGCGUGUUGCAUGCCACAGAGCAGCGCUAUUUCAAGCAAACGUUGCAGCUGCAUGUGCGUUGCAUCACACGCGGCGUAUACGUGAUGUAUUUUAUCAUCUACUUGGCUUUUGCUCUGAGUGUUGCCACGCUGCUGCACAAGCAACCGCGAGAGCUUCUCUACCACGCCUGGUUUCCAUUCGAGUGGCAACGCUCGAGCGAAAGUUAUGCCUUGGCCUUUGGAUUUCAGAUCUGCAGCAUUUUGUUCGAAGGACUGCAAGGACUAACAAACGAUGUGUACACGCCUUUGACGCUUUGCUAUUUGGGUGGACAUGCUCAUAUGUUGGCCAUGCGCUUGUCCCGCUUGGGAUUUGAUCAAUCAGCAGAAGUGACGACAGAUCAGCAACUGCUUGCCCUGCACAAAUUGGCGCAGCAAACGAUUAGCUAUGUGCAACUGGUGCAGCUGCUAGCCUGUGGCGCCUCGCUCUGCAUCAUUGUGAGCUACGUGCUCUUCUAUGUGCGCGAUGUUGUUGGUUUCAUCUACAACAUUAUCUAUAUAGCCGUAGUGUUGGUGCAACUCUUUCCCAGUUGCUACUACGCGAGUGUGUUGCACGAACAAGAGCAGCGCUUAACCUACGCCAUAUUCUCAAGCAAUUGGUAUGAACAAUCGCCGCUUUAUCGCCGACGUGUGUUAAUCUUUAUGCAGUUAACGCUGGCGCUGGGCAAACGACCGAUGAGAGCAGCGGGACUGAUUGAACUCAAUCUGAAUGCGUUUUUUGCUACAGUGAAAAUGGCUUAUUCACUUUUUGCUGUCAUAGUGCGCGUUAAGGUUUAAUUUGCAA